CUCUCUCUCUCUCUCUCUCUCUCUCUCUCUCUCUCUCUCUCCCUCUGUCUGUCUGUCUGUCUGUCUUCGAAGAAGAAGAAGAAGAAGAAGAAGAAGAAGAUUGAUUCUAAUGUUUCAGUAGUUCAAUCACGGAAAGAUACAACACCAGAUGGAGGUAAAGGAUAGCGUUCUUGAUAUUCCGUUGCAAGAUCCGCCCGGUGAAGAAUUCUCUUCCAUUAAUCUGACAUGGACCAAGUUCGGAACUAAUGAGCACCACAUUGAUGAUGUGGCCCUUAUCCCAUACAAGCGCGUUGAUGCAUUUAUAAUUGGAGAAUGCUCUAAUGUCGAAUGCCCGACAAGAUUUCACAUUGAGAAAGGGAGAAAAAGAGAAAAAGGCAGCUUGAAGAACUACAAGAGUGAUGAAUAUCUUGAGUAUAGGCUGUAUUGGUGCUCGUUUGGUCCUGAGAAUUAUGGAGAGGGUGGGAGUAUCUUACCCAGUCGGAAAUAUAGACUCAAUACAAGAAACCGUGCUGCUAGACCACAAUCAAUGCGGGGCUGCACUUGCCAUUUUGUAGUGAAGCGCCUCUACGCUCGUCCGUCAGUCGCAAUGAUUAUAUACAACGACAGACGCCAUGUCAAUAAGUCGGGUUUCUUGUGCCAUGGACCGCUUGACAGAGAUGCUAUUGGCCCAGGUGCGAAGAAAAUCCCUUACAUUUGCGACGAGAUUCAGCAGCAAACGAUGUCCAUGAUUUAUCUGGGCAUUCCUGAGGAAAACAUAUUGCAAAAACACAUUGAAGGAGUUCAGCGUUAUUGUGGAUCAAAUGCCAAAGUCAAUAGCCUUGCAUCCCAAUAUGUCCAAAAACUAGGGAUGAUUAUCAAACGGUCCACACAUGAACUGGACCUUGAUGAUCAAGCUAGCAUUCGCUUAUGGGUCGAACGCAAUAAGAAGUCAGUGUUCUUUUAUCAGGAUUCUACAGAUACGGAUGCAUUUAUUUUGGGAAUUCAAACAGAAUGGCAGUUACAACAAAUGGUUCGUUUUGGUCAUCACAGUCUUAUUGCAGCAGAUUCAACGUUUGGCAUUAAAAAACUCAAGUAUCCGCUGUACUCUCUUCUUGCCUUUGACUCGAGACAACAUGCACUUCCUGUUGCAUGGGUCAUUACCCGGAGCUUUGCAAAGCAGGAUGUAUGUAAAUGGACGAAAGCUCUUGCUGAUAGAAUUCAUGCUGUCGACCCAGUUUGGAGGGUUAGUGGGUUUCUGAUUGAUGAUGCAGCUGUGGAGGUUGAUCCCAUCAGGGACAUCUUUUGCUGUCCUGUUCUUUUUAGUGUUUGGCGGAUUCGUAGAUCGUGGCUGAGGAACAUCAUCAAGAAAUGCAGUCACAUUGAAGUUCAGCGGGAGAUAUUCAAACGUCUUGGAGAAAUAAUGUACAGCGUUUGGAAUGGGGUGGAUUCUGUAAAUGCUAUGGGAGAACUAAUUCAAGAUUUUGCCGACCAAACAGCCUUCAUGCGCUACUUCAAGACAUGUUGGGUGCCUAAAAUUGAAAUGUGGCUUGCCACCAUGAGGAGUCUCCCACUGGCGAGUCAAGAAGCGAGCAGUGCCAUCGAAGCCUAUCACUUGAAGCUGAAGCUCAAACUAUAUGACGAUUCACAUCUUGGUGCGCUCCAACGAGUCGACUGGCUGGUGCACAAGCUGACGACCGAGCUGCAUUCCAGCUAUUGGCUUGCUCGCUAUGCAGAUGAAAGCGGUUCUUUCCAAGCUGUCAAGGACGAGUACAUUGCUUCCACAUCAUGGCAUAGAGCAUUGCAAAUUCCGGAUGAUGCCGUUGUGUUGGAUGAUAAAGACCACCGAUUUGCGAAGGUCACUAGCCAAAAGGAUGGCGGCCAAACACAUCUGGUGUGGAAUCCUGGAUCGGAAUUUUCUCUCUGUGACUGUUCAUGGGCAAUGCAAGGGAACCUUUGUAAGCAUGUUGUCAAGGUCAAUAUGGUCUGUCACAACCGCAAGGGUUAUCGACCAUCCAUGUCGUUUCAAUCAUUGCAACAGAUCUUAAUGGAUUUGUGGCAAAAGCCCAUGGAUGAUUCUAUUGCCCUUGAUCAGUCCAUGGCUUGGGUGGGCCUCAUGCAAGAGAAAAUUCUACGGCUGGUUGAGCUACACCAGGCCGAUGAUAUUGGUCAUGUGGUAAAUAAUCUGCCAUUGAAGUGGGUUUCUAGGAAAGGCAGAACAUCUGUUGGUAAGCCAGCAGGUGGUGCUCUGGCCCUUCCGCCUGGUUCCAAGAAGGCUCCGGCUCCUAGGAAGAGUCGGAAACGGAAGAGAUUGUCUCGGUUGAGGGGUCCCGCUUCUGCCUGAAGGUGUAUCCACAGGAGCUCAAAUGUACUUAUCGGUCAUGAAUGUUCUGAAAUUCUUUGUGCAUCAUGGAUUGACUACUCGAAGAGUUGGAUGCGACUUUUCUGAGUCGACUCAGACUCAGUUGGGAUUGAACUGGUUCAAUGCCACAAUUCACCCUUGGAUUCACUCAUGACUUGGUGGAGUUGGGCUGAUUCACCUUGACUUGGGCGAGUCACAACUGGAAUCAGACCCAGAUGAGUCGGGAUAAGACCUCUGCUUGCCAAGUCAGAAAGCUAUGUUGUGCAUUGCUCCAUGGCAUCAGGAUUUUUGUAAUCAAGUCUUACAGGGCUUACUUUGGCAGAGUUGUAGCGACCCAUGAGAAGAGAACCUGUUCGAUGCUGGGGAGUUAAUGAUACUCAGGCAGAAAAUGACGGGUGAUACACAGGUUCUCAUAAGUUGUACAUGUAGCAUGCAUUGAUUGAAUUAAACCAACUAAAUUGUGGAGCUCGGUCACUAAUUCACCAUCCCAAAAUUAGAUUGUUUGUACGACCCUAACGUCUGAUUCAUGGACGACGCUUGAAAUAUAUGAUGAUUGGAUAUUUCAUUCUUAACCA